CUUUCUCUUUCUUAUCCCUUUUUUCUCCCUCACCCUGUCCAAAUCGUCCAUCAUGUCUGCUGUACGCCCUAUGAGAAAAGGCCUUCGUCUUCUGGGAUCGAGCUCGCUCGCCCGUUCCGCCACCAUCGCUGCCAAUGGCUCUAUUGUUCUCCCGCGGCAGCUGGCUGCUUCUCCGCGCGCUCUCCGCUCCGCGACCAUCACCGUCCCUGCUGCCCGUCCCCUCCCCCGAGUUGCUUCGCUGCCCUCCCACGGAGGCGUGCGAUAUGCCUCUUCUGCCCCCUCUGGCCCAGUGAAGAAAACCCAGCUGUAUGACCUGCACCUGGCCCGCGGGGCCAAGAUGGUCCCCUUUGCGGGGUUCUCCAUGCCCUUGCAGUACUCCGACCUCAGCCAUGUUGAGAGCCACAAAUGGACCCGUGAGAAGGCCAGUCUAUUCGACGUCAGCCAUAUGGUCCAACACCAACUCAGCGGCCCCGGCGCCCUUGAUCUCCUCAUGAAGGUCACCCCCUCCUCCCUCGACAAGCUCGGUCACAACCAAUCCACCCUCUCCUGCCUCCUAGAAGAAGGAACGGGCGGCAUCAUCGACGACACCGUCAUUACCCGCCGCACUGAAGACAGCUUCUACUUCGUGACCAACGCGGGCCGCCGCACGGAGGACCUCGUCUUCCUGGAGGCGGAGAUCGACGCCUACAAGCAAGCCCACGGCCCCGAGAGCAUCAAAUGGGAGAUCCUCGGCGACCGCGCCCUAGUCGCCCUGCAGGGCCCCAAGGCCGCCUCUGUCCUCCAAUCCCUCACCCCUGACUCCGACCUCUCCACCCUCUACUUCGGCAACUGCCGUGAGAUUAACCUCAUCUUCCCCGAUGGCACCUCCACCCCGGAACCCCUCCUCGUCUCCCGAACGGGCUAUACCGGUGAAGAUGGCUUCGAGAUCUCCAUCCCCACGGCCGUCGACGCAACUCUCCCCGCCCGUGUCACCGACCUCUUCCUCUCCAACCCGGACGAAGUCCGUCUUGCCGGUCUCGCCGCCCGCGACUCCCUCCGCCUCGAAGCCGGCAUGUGUCUCUAUGGCAGCGAUAUCUCCACCUCCCAAACGCCCCCCGCUGCGUCCCUGACCUGGCUCGUCGGCAAGGAGCGUCGCGACCCCGCAACCGCCACCUUCAACGGCGCCGCCUCCAUCCUCCCCCAAGUCGCAUCCCCCAAGACCCUCUCUCAACGCCGGGUCGGCUUCACCGUCGAGAAGGGAUCCCCGGCGCGCGAAGGCGCCAUCAUCGUCGACCUGAACGAUAAAUCCUGCACCCAGAUCGGCGUUAUCACCUCCGGUCUGCCCAGUCCCACCCUGGACGGAAAGAACAUUGCCAUGGGAUACAUCAAGAACGGUCUGCACAAGAAGGGAACCGAGGUCGGUGUUCUCGUCCGGAAUAAGGUCCGUAAGGCUACUGUGACGGGUAUGCCCUGGGUGGAGAGCAAGUUCUACCGCAAGGCUUAAAGGGAACAUGGAUUGCAUAGAUACAGUGGGUGUUUGGCUUGGCUUGGCUUAGCUUGGCUGGUUGGUUGGUUGGUUGGUUGGCUUCAACAAUAGAUUCCCCCGAUGAUGAUGUUUUAUGUGUGUAUAUAGAUCAUGAUUUACUUUUCUUAAAAAACUACUGGUUC